GAGACGGCGCAGGAGAAACGGGUGCGGUUGGCGAAGGCGUACCUGGAGCGGUUGCGAGAGGAACAGGCGGCGGAGGACACGGACGAGGACGACGGGGAGGAGGAGGGGAAGAAUUUGGACUCGCACACGCGGUUGGCGGCGCGGUUGAUGGAGGACGCGCAGCGGAAGUCGGGACAUCAGCGGGCGUCGAUCGCGGAUCGGACGACGGCGACGAGGGCGCCGGCGAGGCUGUGGCGGGGACAUAAACGCGCGGUGACGGGCGUGGCGCUCGCGGAGGAUGAUCGAACGGCGUACAGCGUGUCGAAGGAUGGAUCUAUAUUUGGCUGGGAUAUCGAGACCGAGAAGCGAACGAAGUUUCCGAGGACUCCCGAGGCGGUGGUGGACCCGACGCAAGGCGGCGGCGGGCCGCAGGCGCCGCCGAAGUGCGGCGCGCACGUCGUGUCGUGCUGCGCGGUGAGCGGGGAGAGAAAUCUUCUCGUGACCGGUGGUGCGGAUAAACGCGUCCACGUGUGGGACACACGGAGCAUGACGCACAUCACCGCUUUCGCGGGACACAGAGGGGCGAUCACGGGGCUCGGUUUCCGCCACGGCACCGGACAGUUGUUCUCGUGCGCGGAGGAUCGCACGGUGAAGGUCUGGUCUUUGGAUGACAUGGCUUACGUGGACACGCUUUUCGGGCAUCAAGAUCGGUGCAUCGGCUUGGACACGCAGCGUCGCGAGCGUCUCGUCACCGUCGGCGCGGAUCGAUCGACGAGAUUCUGGAAGGUGCCCGAAGAUUCUCAACUGGUGCUUCGUCCGCCGGAGGGCGGCGGGCCGGCUGAGAGUUGUGCUUUUACCGCGCACGACCACUGGAUCACCGGCUCUCAAGACGGCACGGUGGCGAUUUGGAAUACGCAACGUAAGCGCGCGGCGCAGACGUGGGAAAACGUGCACGGUUUCAGAGAGAUUGUUGCGCCGAAAGGUGUGGGCGAGAUGGCUUCUUGGGUCAGUGCCGUUCACGUCGCCAAAGGCACGGAUCUCGCCGCCUCGGGCGCCGGUGACGGCGCGAUGCGUUUGUGGAAGACGUCUCACGAGGGCGAACCUCUCGUGCCGCUCGACUGCGUACCCGCUCGAGGCUUUGUGAACUCGAUUCAGGUCGCGAGUAGUGGUCGGUUUAUUCUCGCGGGUAUGGGGCAAGAGCCCAGACUUGGGCGUUGGGGCCGAGACGCGGGGGCGCGAAACGGCGUC